UGACAGACUAGAGGACAGAGGGAAGAAGGAGACUUGCACGGGAAAGGAGGCUUUGCAACUGUUCCUGGGCAUAUCGCAAGCUCCGCCGCUAUCCUAUCUGGCUGAUACGAAGAGGUGAGUGGUUGUCACGUAGAGGAGAUGGGCCUCCGCGCGCUGGAAGGUCAGCCGCCCGCCGCUUUCGCCCUCCCUCAAACACCAGACCCCUCCUCUCCUUUCCCAUCUCCCCUUACGUCGGUCCCUUCAUUCUCCUCACAUCCGCGCUGCGUCACUGCCGGUCUUCCUCUCGCCGCAUCUCCCUGCUGAUCAUGGACUAUCUUCGCAGCCGAAAGGAGUCCGCGCCCAGCUUGUCGACAAAGGCUAGUGUGGGCCGUUGCUGUCGCACAAGGCAUCCUUCCCAGCAGCUGGCAACCAGAGGCAUCAACGGUCUAGCGGAAGUCAAGGUACCGACGGAUGAGGUGAUCCACGUCAGCAAGGUCCCUUGCCACCACCACCACACCACCGACUUUGAAACGCCCCAUCGCGGCGCCGUUCCCCAGCGAACGACGGACACCAGCUCAACCACGCCUAUUGCAGCUGCUGUCACUUCUCCCUCCUCCCCCCGUCCUAGGCCCCCGCUCGGCCACCCACACGCAACGCGCACGAGGUGUCUGAGUGCCACCGAGGAGAAGCCAAACGCAUCCCGCUGGUUUCUUGACAAGCUUCUGAGACUCCAACCGAAAAGCAGCAGCAGGCUGCAGCAGCCCUCGUUCGACGUCAAGCGACAGCGGAUCUCCUCGGCGUCCUAUUCGACAAAGGCAAGCACAGCAGUGACGGACGACGCGCGCUGCGAAGAGGCAUCUCCUCCUGACUCUGCAACGUUCCAUCCGAUGGCCACCAUGUCGCACCAGCAGGCCGAGGCCAGCAGCAGCAGAAUAGAGGCCCAGCUUGACUUUGACGGCGAACGUGUCCAGGACGGUAGCGGCGGCGGCGGCGGCGGCGGCAGCAGUGGGCCAGAAACCUGGAGAAACAGUGCAGUGUCAGACGCUGGCAUGGGGUGGGCCUUCUCUACCAUGGAGGACGCGCCUCAUAACCAGCAGCAGCAGCAACAACAACAACAAAUACAAAUACAACAACAACGACAACAACAACAACAAGGGCAUGAAGAAUUGCAGGAACACCACGAACCGCAGCAGCAACAGGAGCGCAUCACCUACCAACGAGCGUACCCAGUACCCGAUGUAUCUUUAAGGGCCUCUACGGCGAGCGAUGCCGCCCAAACACCGUCGUCCGCCCAGGAUCCGGCCUCGAGGUCUCCCAACGAUAUGCAGCAAUCUGAUGCGAUGCUGUCGCCAAGACCACAGACAACUGCGAUACCUGGCGAGGCGCGACGCCGCCGAAAGGAUUCGCAGGUUCGAGGUACAGGAGCCUCGAACAGGAGCCUCAUGCCGUCGCAGAGGCGCAUUUACGGUCUCGAUCGCGACCUCGCUGGUCCCUCUGCUGAUUCCGCCCACCUGCCCCCGUCUUCGGGUGGGAUAAGGUACAACACCAGCAGCAGCAGCCGCAGGCCUUUUGGGGCCUCCUCGUCAGGUGCAGAAAUUGAGCCCUCGAGGGUCUCAACCUCCUCAUCCGACGAUGGCACCUCCUGGCAUCGUGCCGUCAACAAUGGCCAAGCUCGCACACCCAUGUCGCUCCUUCCCACUCUGGUCACAACGCCCACCACGGAUGGCUCUCCUGCCCCGUCGAUCACUUUGCCCUUUGACGUGGGCGUCGAUGCCCCUGGCGCGUCAACGCUGCCCCCUUCGCCCAUCUCGCCCGACGAAGGGCCCAAGUUCAGUGUCGAGGUGGUCGCGCCCGCUUUUGAUAGACGAGGCUAUCCCGUCUUCACGGGGAGGGGCGCGAGGAUCUCGGGCAUGGUCCGGAUCAAGGCCGUGGAACAGUGUCAACUGUCGAUCAAAUUGGCUGCCUAUGUCAGCCAGGGCUCGCCAGCGGCCGUAUGGAACGGCGUGGCGCUGAUGCCGCCGGAACUAGGGGCCGAGCGAAACGUCUUUGAGAUUCAAGAACGACUUAUACCCGACUACUCCAAGGCCCAGCUCUCCCCCGCUAGAUCUUCCGUUCCCACGCCAGAGGAUGACGACUACAUCGUGCCCGUGCCCUUUGAAAUCAACCUACCACUCGGCAUGGCGACAAAGUUUGUCGAUGGCGAGAUGCAAAACGUGCCCGUAGCUCUGCCUCCCUCCUUUGAGAUCUCGUCCGAGAGCGAUGCGAGAGAGAAAGACGCGAAUCGGGCCAUGUCAUCAUCGGGUUCCAUGCCCAGGUCAAGUGCGUCAAGCAUUAGGAGCAAGAGCUCAAGGAUGACGAUGAGCAACACCAUGCAGAGCGUCAGCAACAAGGUCCGAGGCGUAGUCGAGCGAGGCUUUGCAGAAGUCUUUCGCAUCGGCUGCUUCUACACGUUGACCUUCUCCAUCCUCCGGCCCGACGACGCGUCCUCGAAUGGCAAGAAAAAGAAGACGAAGAAGGCGUCGUCGAAGAAGUCGACGUCGCAAAACGACUCGAUUACGAUCCCCUUUAUCUUCCUUGGCGAGCCCACUAUGCUGCCGCCUCCGCCUCCAUCGAUCCCCAUGUCGAUGGUGGCGUCUGUGCUGUUGCAGCCCGAAGCUCUGCUAGGGGACCAGUGGAUGUGCGAACGCAGCCAGACAAAGUGGACCGGCAGUAUGUUUAGGUCGUCGAAGCGGACCGUGGAGUUGGAGCUGCACAUGCCCCAGCCGGCCACAUUGCAUGCGCCUGGCGUCUUUCCCUUUCUCAUCGUUAUUCGGCCUACGGACCCAUAUCUGUUGUCUGCGGUCGAAGGCCCGCUCAAUCCCGUAAUGGGGAGGCAAACGGUGGGCGCAUCUUCGUCAUCAUCCUCUCAGGCUCCCGACUCGCCCCGUUCACUUCGAGGCGGCAGCCACCAGUUCUCCUCGAGCAGCGGCAUCUCUCCCUCACCCUCUUUUGGUCAUAGCCCACAAUCGUCCAUGUCCAUGUCGACGACUGCUCGUAUUGGGCCUUCGAAUCUUGGCAUUUCCCAGGAUCACUCGACGUCGGAAGAAGCUCAAGAGAUGAUGAGGUCCACAGACUCGCCGCCGUCGACUGCCGAUGGGGCCGAAGACAGCGAUGGGAUCCUCUCUCGCUUCAUGCGCUCUUCCCUGACCCUGGCCAGGAUCCCUUCAAAGUCAACGUUGCCCUCUUCUGGGAGCUCGACCAAUUUGGCAGCGACAAGUGCCGACACGGCGCAGUCGCGGCCCUCUACGGUCACAGCGCGAAGGUCGAGAACGAGCCUGGCGAGCGCGUUUCGGCGGAGGCCUAAUACGGCGCCUACCACUUCGUCGGACUCGCGCUCUCCACCGGGCACUGUUACUUACCGAGCCGGUAUGCCGCACAAUUUGGCAAGUCUCGUGCGCGUCUCGUUGAUCCAGUCGACGCACUGCGUGUCGAGCGGUCCUUCAGAGACGCCAAAGCGAAGACGGAAGCUCAUCUCCAUGGCCGAUGUCGAGGAGGUGGACGUAGCAACUGUCUUCACGGGAGGUAGUCACAGCGAGGCUGCUGCGCUCGGUCGAGGUGAUGUAGCCAGUGACGAGGCGACGCAAGCUGUGGUUAGCCAUGUCAAGUCGCACGGCAUUCGAGUGCUCCGAGGCUUGAUUCGGGUCAGUCGAGAUACGACGCCCAGCUUUCGGUGCCAGGGCAUUGAGGUCAAAUACGCCGUCAAAAUUGACCUUUUGGCUUUUUCUCCGGAGCAACUCAAGCAGCAGAAGAGGCCGACCAGCGGCGGCAGCUCGAGUGUCGGCAGUGGAGGCUCUUCGACCUUGAUGGGAGAUGCAUUCCGUGGCACCUUUGGCACGGCCAGCCGUAACAGCCUUUCGUCCACGCUGGGAAGAAGCAGCAGGGCGGCUUCUCAGCAUCAUCAGCAGCAGCUUCCUCACUCCGAAUCUGCUCUUCAACAGCAAGGAAAUGGGCUCAAUGUCGGCGCCGAGUCACCCUUGGUCCUUCCAAGGCCAAUGGGCAUGCCACAGCCUCAUCAGCAACGGACUUCGUCUAGUUCGAAUGACGUCUCCUUUUCCCCACCAAUGCCCCCGAUUCCGCCAGAGCACCAGCAGCACGUACAGUCGCCUUCCCAUCAGCAUCGGUCUCAGAUGCCGAGCUUGAGCUCUGCGACGUCAACGAUUCGUGGUCCGCAGCGAGAGAAUGGCAGCUAUGCACCGACCGAAAUUGGUGGUCUUGAUGCCGCCGGCCGAAUGAUGGGGCCCAAUACCUUCUUUAAGGCCACAACGGGCGUAGAAGGCGGAACGACGGUCUUUGGAGGAGACGGCAAGGAAGUCCGGCUCGACAAAGGCAUUGGAGCUUUGUGGGCUGACGUUCGUGUCGUCCGUGCUGCGUUUGCGUAAGCGAGAGAAAUACUUGUCAUCGACCUUCAACACCCGCCCAUACCAACUGAAGACGGUCCCAAAGAGGGUCCGUCUUUAAUUUAUUCACAGUCUUCUCUCUCUCCUCCCCCUCCCCUUUUAUCUCUCCCUUGUCUCAAGAGAAUGCAAUCACUAUCCAAGUCUUUGUUCUAUGAUGAUUAA